AUGGAGAGAGCUACGAAUGGAUUCUCGGAAGAUAGUUUUCUAUCAGAGGGAGGGUUUGGACCGGUGCAUAAAGGAGUUUUGGAGGAUGGACAGGUCAUCGCAGUGAAGAAGCACAAGAAGGCAAGUGCACAGGGUGCAUCGGAGUUCUGUUCAGAGGUGGAGGUGUUGAGCUGCGCGCAGCACAAGAAUUUGGUGAUGCUAGUGGGUUAUUGUGUCGAGGGGCAGGAAUGGUUGCUGGUUUAUGAGUUUGCUUGCAAUGGAUCAUUGGACGAGCAUUUACAUUGUAAGGUUCCUCAAAAUCUUCUCACUUCUCCUAUCUCUAUUCUCUUCAAACUUCAUAUUUGUGAAGGGUUAAUUGAGGACAAACCCCCUGUUGGAGAUCUUGGCUUAGCAAGGUGGCAAACAGAUGGUCAGACGGCUGAAGAGACGUGCAUAGUUGGAGCAAUAGGAUGUAAUCUUCACUUGUGCAGGUAUUUGGCACCUGAGUAUUCUCAAACAGGGCGGAUUACAGAGAAAGCUGAUGUAUAUGCAUUUGGAUUGUUAUUGAUAGAGCUCAUACGUGGUUUAAAGAUUAUUGAUUUAAUGAGACAUGAGAAGCUACAUCAACUCCAAUGGGUAAGUUAUCACAUUAAUACUUAAAAAAAAAUUGCUGUGACGUAAUAGCAAUUCUCAAAUACCGGGACCAUGUUAAGAUGAGCUAAAGGAUUACAUAGCUGGAGAUACUUCAAAUUGCAGCAGUAUAUACUCACGGUCCACUAACCGUCAUAAGCAGGGAUCCAUUUAAUCACAAACCCAACAGUUUUCUGCGUGGAUCAACCCACUGUUUCUCUAGAGGUUCAACAAAUAUAAUCACUUACCAAGAGGCAUCAUAAAUCUAAAUUAUAAUUCAUAUGUCAAUAGUUUCCAAUAAAAUAUGUAACUGUAGUGUCACCAAAUAGUCGAUUGAGACAUUAAAAUGUGACUAAAUAAUCUCUUUCAAUUUCAAAUACAGUGAUUUAUAUCAUUUGAAAAUAUUGGACUCGAUUGAUUUAACCUAAAUAUCAGAUUCCGUUUCAUCGACUAAUACAAAAUAAGAGUUUUCUCAGUUUCCUAUUAGCUUGUAAAUAACCUUAACUCCUAACAGUUGGUAACAAAAGAAAGUAAAUGUCUAUACACUUUGUUCAAAGUUGAGAUUAUAGCCUACUUUCACUAAUACAGGAGAUGAGAACGCAUGAGUUGGUUGAUCCACGGUUGAAUGGGAACUAUGAAGAGAGGGAAAUAAAGCUCAUGAUGCACGUUGCCGGUUGUUGUAUCUUACCCGACCCAGAAAUGAGGCCUCGCAUGUCACAGGUGUGUACCAUAAAUCAUUCUCACACUUUCUUGCAUUUUUUUAAAACCAAAUGUUGAUACGAUAAGAACUUUCCUUGGAUUUUUGGCAUCCAUUUAGCAACCAGGUCAUUUACUGUAAACAACUCGUUUACCUUAAAACUCAGCAACGACUCGAAACUAAUGUGGAUUUGGGACUUCUAUCAAAAUGCAAAUAUAAGCAAUAAAGCUUCUCAAGGGACUGCGAUUUUUGUUCAAUUAUGCAGCCAAUAAGCUAUCCAGUUUCUUAACAAGUUACUAAUUGCAAGUACUGAAAUUGUUGGAAGAAGACAUGCAAAGUGACAGUGCAUACCAUCAACAAUUCCAAAAACCAAACCCAAUCUCAAGAUCUGAUGCAUCAAGCCGACGCUCUAAAACACCAACUCCAGUCUCAAGAUCCAAUGUUUCUCCUUACCGCUCGCAGACACCAACUCCUAUCUCAAGAUCUAUCAGUACCCCAUCUUAUCAACGCUCUGUGACACAAGCUCCUAGCUCAAGAUACGAUGACAGUGAAACUCAUCCAUGCUCUCUAACACAAAACCUGUUCAGUGGCAAUACCGAUAAUCUAAACCCUCCCUCAGAUACUAACACAUGCAUCAAGAACAAUUCCAACGGUUCGUUCACCUUCAUAUAGUACGAGUUUUAAUACAUCCUUUGGGCAAUCUAAGUUUGUAAAGAGAAGAUACAGAGGGCACAAUGACGAGCACGGCGACAACAAUAUGAUGAAGACAACAACAUGCCUGCGAACCGAUACAACUGAAACUGCUGAAAUGAAGAAAAAGAACGACAAAAAACCCCUCAAUCAUGAUGAUCACUUCACAACUAGAAAGUACGAAGCUUACCUCCAGGACUCAUACUUUGAGUUUAUACAGAAGACAAAAGGAAUCAGAAGUUCAGAGUUUCCUAACA